CUGAGCGCCGCGCUGGGUUGGGUGGGCCGGUGGGCGGUGCGCGCCGAGCCCGGGAAAAGCGGGCCAUGGCGUCGCGGCGCGCGGCCUCCCGGCCCGCCCUCUCGCCCCAGGGGCUGGUGGCUGCUGACAGGGGGCGCAGGAGUCGGUGCCGUCGGCCCGACCUUGGCUCUUUGGGCCGCCUCCCCUGCCACUCCCCAUGACGGCCUUCCCCCCGCCCCCAGGACGCCGCGGCCCUGCGGCAUGCACCCCGACCACCAGGAGGCCCUCAGGAAGAACCGCGUGGUGCUGGCCAAGCAGCUGCUGCUGAGCGAGCUGCUCGAGCACCUCCUGGAGAAGGACGUCGUCACCCUGGAGAUGCGGGAGCUCAUCCAGGCCAAAGCGGGCAGCUUCAGCCAGAACGUGGAGCUGCUCAACCUGCUGCCCAAGAGGGGGCCCCAGGCCUUCGAGGCCUUCCUCGGGGCCCUGCGGGAGACGAAGCAGAGCCACCUGGAGGAGCUGCUGCUCGCCACCCUGGCCGACCUGCCGCGCCUGCUGCCCCCGGUGCCCAGCCCCAGAAAUCUAAGCUGUGACUACGACCAGAACUUCCCCUUCCCCGUGUGCGAGUCCUGCUCCCCUCACAAACAGCUCCGCCUCUCCCCAGACGCCGUGGAGCACUCCCUGGACGACGGGGACGGCCCUCCCAGCCUGCGGGUGAGGCCUUGCACUCCCGAGUUCUACCAGACGCACUGCCAGCUGGCCUACAGGCUGCAGUCUCGGCCCCGGGGCCUGGCGCUGGUGCUGAGCAACGUGCACUUCACGGGGGAGAAAGAUCUGGAAUUCCGCUCCGGAGGGGACGUGGACCACAGCACCCUCGUCGCCCUCUUCAAGCUCUUGGGCUACAGUGUCCACGUGCUGCUCGACCAGACUGCACAGGAGAUGCAGGAGAAGCUGCAGGACUUCGCCCAGCUGCCCGCUCACCGCGUCACCGACUCCUGCAUCGUGGCCCUCCUGUCCCACGGCGUGGAGGGCGGCGUCUACGGUGUGGACGGCAAGCUGCUGCAGCUGCACGAGGUGUUCCGGCUCUUCGACAACGCCAACUGCCCGAGCCUCCAGAACAAGCCGAAGAUGUUCUUCGUGCAGGCCUGCCGUGGAGAUGAGACCGACCGCGGGGUGGACCAGCAGGACGGGAGGAGCCGCGCGGCGGCGCCCGGGUGCGAGGACGGCGAGGCGGGCAAGGAGGGCAUGCUGAAGGUGCGCCUGCCCACGCGCUCCGACAUGAUCUGCGGCUACGCCUGCCUCAGAGGGACCGCGGCCAUGCGGAACACCAAGCGCGGCUCCUGGUACGUGGAGGCCCUGCAGCAGGUGUUCUCGGAGCGCGCCUGCGACAUGCACGUGGCCGACAUGCUGGUCCAGGUGAACGCGCUGAUCAAGGAGCGCGAGGGCUACGCCCCGGGCACGGAGUUCCACCGGUGCAAGGAGAUGUCCGAGUACUGCAGCACCCUGUGCCGCCACCUCUACCUGUUCCCGGGCCACCCCCCGACGUGAGGCGCCGCCCACGCCGCCCCGGCGCCCCCGGGAAAGAGCCUUUCUCUGGGCGCUGCUGGUUCCGGAACGUUCUUCCCCGCACAGGGACAGGGAUGCGCGUGCGCGGGGGACGGAGGGCCCUUCCCGCGGGUGCGCUGGCGGGGACUCGCCCCCCGCCCCGCCCACCGUGCUGGGGUCGCCAGGGCAGGAGCCUGGCGGGCGUCUGGCUCUUUCUGCCCGUGACUCGGUGGUUGCUGUGACGCGCUGGGUCCCGGGGCUCAUCUUCACUGGGCAGGUGGCCCGGUUAUCCCGGGCUGCCGCACUCCAGCCCCUCUGCAGGGCAGAGGGUUUGCGUGUCCAGCUCUGCCCCGUCCGCUCCCCAAGGCCUGCCACGGGCGCUGCGGUGACCCUUGCACAGGGUGUGGGCGGGGCCAGAUAAGAGCCACUUUCCCACGUGAAUCAGCCCCUUCCCCCGUCCUUCCUGAAGGAACUCUCUCUCUCUCUCUCUCUCUCUCUCUCUCUCUCUCUCUCUCUCCCUCUCUCCCUCUCUCUCCCCCUCUCUCUCUCUCUCUCUCUCUUUCUCCCUCCCUCCCCCCUUCCUCGGGGUCUGUCACCUCCCUCUUCCUGUCUCCCUGUCCUCCCUCCUGCCAUCCCCUUCACUGCCACCAGAGCUGCUGGAACGCUCCCGUGGGCUCGUGUCACUGCGCCGAGGCGCUGUGUCGGGGUCUCCCACCGCUUCCCGCUUCCUCGGUGCCUGGCGUGCCCCCCGCCCCCCACUCCCCGGCUCCUGUGCUCGCUCAGUGUCUGGGGCACGUUGCCGUGUACGUGGCUCCUUCUGCCUGGGCCGCCUGCUCGUCUUCUGCACGGCUUGACACCUGCUGUUCUCCGAGACCUCUUUUUUGUUGUUGUUUUAACAAAACUCCAUUCUCGUCCCCUCCCGCCAGCGGGUUUGGGCGUGGGGAUUUUUUAAACAGAAUCCUGGGCUUUGGCACCUUCUUAGCGUCUCUGGGUCCCUGCUUCCACCCCUCCUUGGCCGCGAGGCCCACGAAAAGUGCUCAUGACCCCCAGGAAACUCCCGGCGGGUUCUGGAUGGUCUGAGUUGUGUCCUGUCCUGCCCGCCCUCAGCCUGCACGCCACCGGUGUCGCCCGAGUCACGUGCAAAGGUCCCCUCACGACCGCUUUUCCAGGCCGCUCGAGGAGGCUGUCUUCCGUGUCUCUGUAUUACCGUGGCCGGUUCAUCGUCCCUUUGCGUUCACCACGGCUCAGGUGCCGCCUCUCCCCUCCUACGCCCGUCACCCCACGGGGGCCAGAAUCCCCCGCCCACCAGCACGCCCUGGUGCCCGGCACACAGUGGGGCUUCCGUCCAUGCCUUUGGCCCGGGCGCGAGUCGUCCCGGCGAAACUCCCCUGCUUCGUCCGUCCUUGUGCUGAGUGUCGCUCCGUGCUGUGCUUGACCCGAGGGCAGCCUGAGCCCCUGGAGACGCGUCACGGGUGACAAGGCUCCCGCAGCGCCUGGCCCGGCGCCUGGUCACUGCCGGGCCUGUGAGCCGAGGGGGGGGUGUUGGGACAGGCGUUUCCAAGUGCCACCCCCGGGUCAGUAUCAGAUUUGGGUGGUAAAGCCUUUCCACUUCCCACUGCCAGGAGGUGCCCAAUAAACGCUCCUGUG